CCCCCGGGCACCUACAAGAUGUCGUCACGGCAACAAGAGUGUUUCCCGUGUCCGACUAACAGCAAGGCUGAAGAAGAGGGCUCUGUGCUGUGUGUGUGCGAGGAUGACCACUUCAGAACUCCACUGGACCCUCCGUCUGCUCCGUGCACCCGUCCCCCUUCUCCACCUCGAGAUCUGGUCUACACCCUCAAACAGUCCACGCUCAUUCUAGAGUGGGCCGCUCCAAAUGAUUCGGGCGGCCGAGGGGAUCUCACCUACAGCAUAGGCUGCCGGCGAUGCGUCGGCCCCCCGCGGGCCCCGCAGGUGCAGUGUGAACCCUGCGGAGCCAGCGUGGGCUUCGUACCACAGCAGAGCGGCCUGACAGAGCGCACAGUCACCGUAGUCAACCUGCUGCCCAAUUCCAACUACUCCUUCAGCGUGGAGGCCCGGAACGGCGUCUCGGAGUUACUCCCCAACAAGAGGUUCUACACGCAGGUCAACAUCUCCACCAGCCUUCCAGCGCCUUCCCAGGUUAACGAGCUGCGAGCGGAGAAGGUUGAGCAGCGCAGUGUGACUCUGGUUUGGAGAGAACCCGUCGUGUAUCCCAACAGCAGCCGCACUGAAUACGAGAUCAAAUACUAUGAGAAGGACCAGAAAGAUCAGAGUUACUCCACGGUGAAGACGGCUGCCACCAGAAUCAGCGUCAACAACCUGAAACCAGGCACUACCUAUGUCUUCCUCAUCCGCACCUGCUCCAGCCCAGCACUUUCUUCUCUUUCUUCCUCUCCUCUUUCUUCCUCCUCCUCCUCCUCUUCCUCAUCCUCUUUGUCUCCAUCUUCCCCGUCUGCUUCCUCUUCCUCCUCCAGCCCCGUGGCAGCUGUGUCGCCCCCUCCGCUCGACUACGGGGCGUACAGCACACCUCUGGAGCUGCAGACGCUGGGGGAACUGGCCCUGGCCUCCAGUGAACAGAGUCCUGUGGUGAUCAUCGUGGUGGUUUCGGUGGCUGCUCUCAUCAUGUUGCUGACUCUUGGAGUUGGACUGCUCAUCUGGAGAAGUGGCUUCUCCAGACCCUCCAAUGUAGCUCCUACUCGUGUGGUGCUGCUCUCUACCUCCUUCUCUACUCUUCCUCCUCCUCCUCUUCCUCCCUCCACGCAGCUGUCUCCCAGACAGUGUGGCUACAGUAAAGCCAGCCAGGAGGGCGAUGAGGAACUCUACUUCCAGUUUAAGAUCCCAACCAGAAGAACCUACAUUGACCCAGAAACCUGUGAAGAUUUGCUUCAGGCUGUUCAUGCAUUUGCCAAAGAGCUGGACAUCUCUAGCAUCAAGAUCGAGAGGAUAGUCCAUACAGGAGACUUUGGGGAGGUGUGUCGAGGAUGCCUGAAGCUUCCCAGCAAACGCGCGAGUUGCGUGGCCAUAAAGACCCUUCGUGCGGGCUGCUCGGAAAAACAGAGACGCUCAUUCCUCAGCGAGGCGGGAAUUCUGGGACAGUUCGAUCAUGCCAACAUUGUGCGUCUGGAGGGAGUCAUCACCAGAGGCAACACUAUGAUGAUUGUGGUAGAGAGCAUGGCCAACGGAUCCCUGGACUCUUUCCUGCGGAAACAUGAAGGUCAGUUGACCGUUCUUCAGCUGGUGGAUUUGCUGAGCGGAGUGGCAUCUGGGAUGAAGUAUCUGACAGAGAUGGGUUUUAUCCAUCGCCGACUGGCCGCUCACAAAGUCCUGGUGAACAGCAGCCUGGUCUGCAAAGUGUCAGGCUUCAGACCUCUUCAGGACGACAAAAUAGAGGCGGUCUACAGCACACUACACGGAGGGAAGAGUCUGGUGUUGUGGACGGCUCCAGAGGCCAUACAGUACCAUCGUUACAGCUCAGCUUCUGAUGUGUGGAGCUUCGGUAUUGUCAUGUGGGAAGUCAUGUCCUUCGGGGAGAGACCGUAUUGGGACAUGGGCAACCAAGACGUAAUAAAAGCUAUAGAGGAUGGGUUUCGGUUACCUGCUCCCGUGAACUGCCCGCCGUCUCUGCACCAGCUCAUGCUGGAUUGCUGGCAGAAGGAGAGAACAGAGAGACCCACCUUCACCCAGAUCCACAGCGCUCUCAGCAAGACCAUGAGGAGCCCGGACAACAUCGGGUCCUCCACCCUGGGACGCAGGACCCUGGGCUCAUCUGUAUCCCUAGCAGAACGAACGCUUCCCUCCUUCCCUUCAUUUAGUUCAGUAGGAGAGUGGUUAGAAGCUGUAGACAUGGGCCGCUACAAAGACAACUUCACAGCCGCUGGAUACUGUUACCUGGAAUCAGUGGCUCGCAUGACCGUUCAGGACGUGCUGAGUCUCGGCAUCACCUCUCUGGAGCACCAGAAACAGAUCCUGUCUGCCAUACAGACUCUCAGAGCGCAGGUUAUCCAGAUGCACGGCCGAGGAGUGCAAGUCUGACAGACCCACAGCAGUGCGCUGGCUUACCGAGGAAAGACAUAUGGAUGUCUGUUCUCAUAAUUACCCAGCAGGCCAUUCAACGGUCAGGAGGUGAUAACCAAGACACUGCAAAUGGCGUUUUUCUUCCUAAUCUUCCCUUUUUCAUUCCUUUUAUCUUCUCUUUGGGUGAACACUGGUUCUUUUCUUCCACAAACAAGUUCUUGUUUUCUGAGGGGGACAAUGUCACAAGCAAGAUGAUUCCUCUAGAAUAACCUGCGUGCUGAUUGCUUUUCUUCCGCUGUUCAUCAAGACAUAAGAUCUGUCCGUAUUAGUAGGACUUUAAGAUGGUCUGUGCCCUCCGUCACUGUCCCCGGAGAAGGGCAGGUUGACUCUGACCGAUCUCAGAGCAAUCAAAAGGGCGGCAUGUAUUUUCUUUGUCCAAGAAAAAGAACUCAUGCUUUGUAGCCACUGAUCCUCCUAUAAAGUGGACUAAACCGAGAGCAUGUCAUCCAUAGAACAUCUCGCUGUAUCUUCAGGAAAUAAGUACUGAUGUAAGGAAUCUUAAAAAUGUAAAUCCCUUUCUCCGUGUGUAUUCUUCAUUUGGUUACUGUCUACUUUUUUUCUUUUGCUUUCUUUCCUCCACACUUUAAACUCAUUUCUGAAUUUCCGAGUUGAAAUUAGUAUUGUCUGACAUCUGUACUCGUAAUGUUUUUCUUGUUCUGUCUACUAUAGGGACAAUGUUUGCACUGCGGCGUCCAUGACUUACAGAAACUUGUACCAUAUUUAUUAGAUGAUUUAUUUAUCCGUUUACAGAUGCUUACCGGAGUUUGAACUGAAUCUGGGCGUUCAGGUUUCGUUUCAUGAAAACGCUCUUUGAUUUCGUUUGUGUGAUUUAAUUUUUUCCUGCACUUUGAAAGCGAGUGAGUCAGUGGAUGUGACGGGGAUGUAUACACACAUACAUUCACACGCUUACAAAUUUCAUUACACUCCGCAACAGCAGGUGUCUGAUACUCUCGGACAUGUUUAGUACUUGGUGUUG